AUGAAACAAAAGCAAAACAUUGAAGGUGUCUUGUGUAAACAAUCCAAUAAAGUUAAAGAGGACUAUCGAAUUCAUUUGACAAGUAUAAUUGAUUGCAUUCGAUAUUUAUUAGCACAAGGUUUAGCUUUUCGUGGUAAUGAUGAGUCAAUUUCAUCUAGAAAUAAGGGGAAUUUCGAUAUUGUUAAAGUUGCUGCAACGGUCACUACUCAAGUUAUACUGGAUGAUCUUGGAGAUGAUUUAUUUGCUAUUUUAAUUGAUGAAUCUCAUGAUAUCUCAGUGAAGGAGCAAAUGGUUGUCGUUAUACGUUAUGUAAAUAAUGAAGAAAAAGUUAUUGAGUGUUUUCUUGGUGUUGUUCAUGUUUCAAAUACUAGUGCUCUAACAUUGAAAUCGGGUUUGGAGUCAUUAUUUGCAAAAUAUGGAUUAAGUUUGUCAAGGAUACGUGGACAAGGCUAUGAUGGAGCAAUUGGAGCAUCAUGUAAGCGUCAAGAUAUUCUUCGUGAAAGUCAAACUACAAAGGUGAAACAAGCAUUGGAACAUGGAGAAAUCUCUAGUGGGCGUGGCUUGAAUCAAGAAAUGACAUUAAGAAGGGUGGGGUAAACAAGAUGGAGCUCACAUUAUGGUACAUUACUUAGUAUAGUUUCUUUAUUCUCUUCUAUCAUUGAUGUGCUAGAAAUGGUUGAGGAAGAUGGAACAGAUUUAGAUAAAAAAAGAGAUAUGGAUGACACUUUUCAACCGACACAAAAAAAGUCAAAGAGAAAAAUGGAGAAAGUAUCUAAUUUACACCAUUUUCAAGUUGGAUUGUUUUAUGAAGUGAUUGAUCGACAACUUCAAGAGUUGAACAAUCAUUUUCCAGAAGUGAAUACUGAGUUGCUCCUCUGUGUAGCUUGUUUAAGUCCAAGAGAUUCAUUUUCUGCAUUUGAUAAGGAGAGGUUGAUUCGUUUAGCUCAAUUUUAUCCUUCAGAGUUUUCUCAAGUUGAAUUAUUGACACUAGAUUGUCAGCUUGAAAACUAUUUCUUAGAUGUAUGCUCUGACAGUGAAUUUUCAGAAUUAGAGGGGAUUGAUGAUCUUUCUAUCAAGCUCGUAGAGACCAAAAAAUAUGUUGUGUAUCCGUUGGUAUAUUUGCUUUUAAAGUUAUCUCUGAUAUUACCGGUGGCAACUACAAUAGCUGAAAAAGCUUUCUCUGCUAUGAAUAUUAUCAAGAAUCGAAUGCGAAAUCGCAUGGGUGAUGAUUGGUUAAAUGAUUGCUAUACUUACAUUGAGAGAGAUAUUUUUGUUGAUGUUGAAAAUGAGAAAAUCAUUCAACAUUUUCAGAACAUGAAAAAUCGUAGAGAACAAUUAUAA